AUGAAUGGAAAAGAAUUCAGAACAUUUUAUCUCGUACUUGUGGAAACAGGCCAACAUCUUAAUGGCAAGACUUUACUACGAUUUGUCUAUCGAUUUGCACGGUCUCAACAGACAGACUUAGCUUUUCAAGUCCUUAGCCAGGCCACUGAACAAGGCAUUCAUUUGAACCUUGAGAGAUGGCCACAAAUGUGCAAUUUACUUCUUGCCAAAAGAUAUCGUGACCCUGAUGCUCAAGUCACUGAUACGGAGCUUUUCGAUUUCAUGCUACAUCACGGUCUAAGGCCAGAUAUUUGCACCUACAAUAUACUGAUUCAAAAUUCACUCCAAACUGGAGACCAUGUUACGGCAUGGCAAAUCUAUGAUAUGAUGAUUGAAAAUGGAGUCAAGGCGGACGCAUACACUUAUUCAAUCAUGCUAAAUGAUGCCAAGAUGCGUGUAGAUGAAGUCGCGUUGCAAAAACUGACGCACUGGAUGAAUGAGGAUGGCAUUCGAAAUAGUCAUACUGUCACGGACAUCUUGGACGCAGUAUUUAUCUUACACAGACGAGAAUAUUACAAACUCGCUCCCGACGAGAGAAGAUCUCUUCAAACGUCAUUUUCACGGAUGCUUCCAAUCUAUCUAGGAAGCUUCAAUGUUGAACCAUUGGCUCAACUUAUUCCUAGAUUCGAGAAAAAUUUCCUAAGGAACACUGCCGACGAUGAGGUAAAUGACAUCUCGAUUGCUAUCGCUGACCAAACUCCGGUUCAUGUGGAGCAAGAUCUACAUAGUUCUGAUCUGUCUGUCAUGACCAAAUCCGAAACUACGGUAGUAAACCAUGAGUCUAAUGUUGAACAUGGUUUAUUGAUAGAACCAAAUCAUGUGACUUUGAUUGUGAUGCUGAAAUCAUACAUUAGCAGCGUUCGUAACUAUAAGGCUUUACUUAGUUUCUACGAUCACUUCAAAUCCUUGAUAUCGACACAAAACCCAAUUGUCGCCCCUUUAUUGGAACAGGCCCAGAUUUACAACCAUUUGCUUGUGGGAUUGGGUUCCCUCGAAGCUCCAAUACACGAUUGUCUCCAAAUCAUUGCUGACAUGCAAACUCCUCGUUCCAAACGGCGGCACCCGGUACCUGCUACUGAGACUGAUCAAUUUCACGACGAUAACAACACUGUUGAGAUGCCCAAUACCUCUGAUGAGAUCGACACGGACAUUGAGUCAGAUGAUGACUCUUUUGAUUCAACUAAUGAUAGUUUUUCGCCACCGCCUCCAAGUAUUCAUACAUGGACUACAUUGCUGAAUGUAUUCAUGCAACGCCGACAACCACGUGCAGCCGAAAAGGUGUUACAGAUCAUGAUUGAGAAAGAGGGAUUGAAACCAAACCAAGCCACCUGGAAUGCCUUGACUAUGGGCUACAUGAGACUUCAAGACCCACUUAUGACCGCUGAUGCCCUCAUUCGAACAAAGAGGUCUGGAUUCGUGGUCGAUCAUGUUAUGUCAAGUAGGUGUUGGCUCAGAUUCCAAGCUAGAGCUCGUCUAAGUGAAGCCCUGGAGUCUAAUUCUGGUGGGAAUGAAACUUCCCUGGCAGAUGUAGCCAAUGCAAUCGAGCCUGAAUUCGAGACAGCGGAUUUGGUCGAGGACGAAGUCGUUGAUGAAGAGAUUUUGGAGGCUAUCACUCUCAAAACAGGAGAUAUAUAUCGUAUUCUUAAGGGCCGUCUACAUGCCAUCAACUCACCUGUCUACCCCAAUUGGAUAUUUGAUGCUAUGCUGCGGGUUGACGAAGAAAACAUUAUCGAUCAGGAAGCCGAACCAAUUUUCGAGAAUCUGGCCGAGUCUGAAUUGGAAUCGACUCAAUCUCGGGAUAGCCCAGAUAUUGCAAUCGAACAAGAGCUGGGACAGUUUUUGGACAGCCAGGAUACUGAAGCAUCGUCACCGGCAGACGGCCAUAUUGAACAACAACGACUGCCAUCAGCGUUUGACGAUGGAAGGGAAUCGAGGCUACUACCAGCCAAUAGACUAAUAGUUCGGAGGCUGGCACAAAAGAAACCCGCCCCAGCAAAGAGCUACCGUCGCAGGCUUCAGGAAACUGAUGAGCCGAUGGAAGUUCGUCCGGUUUACAAUAACAAUAAAAGGAAUAAGGAUCAACAAUCAUGA